AAGUGGCUCCCCUAAGCGACUUCUAUCAUGUAGUUGCUAUGUUUUGUGAGUUUUGAUGAUGUCUUUAGCGAUUUGCUAUGUCGCACGUCAGUCACGGACUCCUAUACUCCCUGUAGUUUUGGCUUAGGCAAGCUUCAGAAAUGAAUGUCUGGUAUUGCAGCUGCAAGUCAGUCAAGCGCUUCGCAUGAUACUGCGCAAAAGGGAAAUAGGUGAGCGCAGUUUGGCUAGGUGUUUCGGGUCUGAAAGUCAAGGAAUACCUUCAGAAAGGGAAAAUAGGUGUCCCAGAUUAAUGCACCUGCACACUUAUAAUGAAAUGAGUUUAGUACCAAGACGUCACUAUUCUUUUAAAGGAGUGACUGCUGUGACAGAUGUGAAUGCAGUUGGGUCAGCUUCUGGAUACCUGUUACUGUCAUCAUCGAAUAAUUUUGGCAACAGUCUUCCAUCAGAAGAACUGAUAACUGGCAGUUAUGAGCCUACAUCUAAUCUGACAGCCAUAGCCACUUAGUUGUCCAUUCUCAGUAGUCUGCCCCAGAGCACAUCAUUUUCUUCAGACUGUGGCAUACUGACAUUGCUGUGUUUGUUUAUCUGUGAGCACAUUUGGCUGGGGCACACCUUUUCUGCAUUGUUCAUCUUCAGAUGCCAUGCUUGAUGUUUAGAUCAUGAGUGUCAGAGAAGAGGAAAAAGAUGAGUAUAGUGAAUGAAUGUUGGGAGUCGUUAACAAAGUAAUUGCUGUCUGUUGCCAUGACAACCAGUCACUGCAGUCACCUGCCUGAGGUCCUGCCAGACUGUACAUGUUCCGCUCCUCCAGUAAAGACAGUGGAAGAUUGUAGUGGCCUUGUGAAUGGAGAGCCGCAGUAUGUCAUGCAAGUAUCAGCUAAAGACGGGCAACUGCUGUCAACAGUAGUGAAGACUCUUGCCGCUCCAAGCCCCUUCACGGACAGGCCGAUAUGCAGAAUCUGUCAUGAAGGUAGCAGUCAGGAAGACCUGCUUUCUCCAUGUGAAUGCACAGGAACCCUGGGAACUAUUCAUCGUAGCUGUCUAGAGCACUGGCUUUCUUCUUCCAAUACCACCUACUGUGAGCUGUGUCACUUCAGGUUUACAGUGGAGCGCAAACCUCGACCACUAAUUGAGUGGUUAAAAAAUCCAGGUCCACAGCAUGAAAAGAAGACUCUGUUUGGCGACAUGGUGUGCUUUCUCUUCAUAACCCCAUUGGCAACUAUAUCAGGGUGGCUGUGCCUGCGAGGGGCAGUGGACCAUCUACACUUCAGCAGCAGGUUGGAAGCUGUGGGAUUAAUUGCACUCACUGCUGCCCUCUUCACAAUUUACCUUUUCUGGACACUAGUUUCUUUUAGGUAUCAUUGUAGAUUGUACAAUGAAUGGCGUCGCACCAAUCAGAGAGUGAUCCUUCUAAACCCAAAGUCUGUACCUGUGCCAUCUGCUCAGCAGUGCUUGCUGGGGCUGCAGCCCCCCAAAAGGAACUCUAAGGAGACAAUUGUGUGAUUUCUAGCAGAUGGCAUGUAGAUAUAUUGCAAUGGAUAUUCAAGGCACACAGAAAUUAUACUAAUCACAUCCAAAGACUGUUAGUAAUACAGCUGCCUGAUAAUCCAAGCAAGAAUUGUAAUUCUUCAAUUUAUUUAAAUGCUGCAUUUGCAACACAGGAAGCUGCAAAUGUGGCGAGAGCUCAGCUGUGAACAACCUUUCCUGUAUACUGAGCAACAUUGUUUCAUCUGUAUUAGCUCUAGCAAUGGGUUCACAUCCCAGUCAAUGACAGCAGUGUUACAUUGCUUGCAGUUUUAAGUUCUAUAGCUGUGUUUUGCUGUCAGAGAUCAAAAUACUUGAAUAUUGGAGUGACCUGUUUGAUAUGUGGAAUCUGUGACUCCUUUCAUCUGUCUUCUUUUCUUUGCGAAGUCAGAAGGUAGGCCACUUGGAGAGAUUCACCUGGAUAGCAACAGUGUGAAUAGUAGAUAUGUAGUGACAAGCAUAACACAACCUAUUUUGUCAACUGUAAUCUCAGCGCAGGUAGGCCUGUAGAUAUUUAGAAAAACAAUUUAAAAACAAAGCAGCCUUUAUAAGGAAAAGACAGAUGUAAUCCAGAUUUUAUGAUUUAUGUGAGCUCUACAUACACAAAAUAGUUCAGGUGCUUUGAGCAACUUUUUAUUUUUACAGAUUUUAAUUUACAUAAAUGAAGUAACAAAAAUGUAGAGGGACACUAUAUAUAUUGCAUUUUGCGAAUGCAAAGGAGGGUAUAGUGCCUCCAGCUGCUGGUGCCCCUUGAGGUAACAUUAGCAAAAUAAACAGCAUUAUAGCACUUAAAUUACCAAUUGUGUGCUCUCGCUCUUUAUAUAUAUAUAUAUAUAUAUAUAUAUAUAUAGAGAGAGAGAGAGAGAGAGAUGCAUACAGAGAAAGAGCGUAUGUACUCGAAACAUGAUAACCUGUAGAUCACACACACGGUAUUUUACAAAAGUAUGAGACCUCUGACUUGAGCAUUAUAAAAACAAUAAAUUUUUGUCAUUUUAAUUAAAAAAUAAAUACAGAUUGUUGCUACUGGGGUACCAGCAUUCAGACAGUGUUUCAAAAUGUUGUCCUCAGUUUGAUAAUAUAGCAGUGCCAUUAUAUUUUAUGGGAAUUUAUUUUCAUUCAUGCAGGGAAACCACUUACUCAGUUUGCAAUAUACAAAUGUACCAAUGCCUUUAUGAAAGUAAAAUAAUAUUUUUGAAUAGUGCAGAUAGGUACUACUGCUUAUUGGUCUUGCAGAAAGAAUCACUUCAGAGUAUAUUAUAUAGUUCAGAAGCAAGUGACAUUAUUUUGGAAAUUAUGUGAUACAGAAUAUGUGAAACAGCUUUGCUAUAAUAAAUAUAAAUGCAAAUAA